AUGUUGCGCUCGAAAAAGUCCGAGUCACUUCGCAUCGUCGUGCUUGGCCAUUCGCAGGUGGGCAAGACAUGUUUCGUCGACAUGUUCCUCGAAGGCACACAUUUCAUCUCCCACUCCGCUAUCUCGUCCAUGCCCUUAUCCCGGCGCAUCUCGCACUCGGGUGCUUCCUUCACCCUCUCUUUUAUAGACUUGGAUCUCACAGGACCCAUCGCAUCCUCGUACCGCACAAUAGUCGAUGAAUAUCUCCGCCUCGCAGACGGUAUAGUCCUGCUAUACGACAUUACUUGCAGCUUGUCUUUUGCCAGCGUGACCCAUGAGUUCUAUGUUCAUGCUUGGACAUGUCGAGACGAUAUUAGUACUAAAGAGGUAAAUGGUCAUGUGACUAAAAAGCGCUUUGGAUGCGUGCUUGUUGGCAACAAGCGCGACGUAAUCGUUGGUGAGGAUGCAUCGAAACGUCAAGUGGAUAAAAACAUGGCGGAACAAUGGGCAAGUAGCCAAGGCUCGAAGCAUUUCGAAAUCACUGCGAACGAGCGGGGUGAAGUAGAGGAGGUGGUCAAGGCGCUGGUGGACAGUAUAGCAAGAGCGAGGCGUAUGGAUCAGAAGGACAAGGCAAAUGGGGCCACAGAGGACAAAGGAUCUGUCUUAAGGUUAUUCAAGCGUUCUGCUUAG